CCGGGAGCCGCCCGAGCCGGAGCGCGGCCAGCGGCGGGGCAGCCGCCGCGCCGAGGACGCCGCGCCGCCGGGAGGUUGACCAGACAGGAUUGCUGUCUCAGGGACCAGAACCAGGGAUCCUGACUGAUGCUUGUUUACUGCAUCCUGGCUUUUGGAGGAGAGCAAGUAUUUCUCUGAAGGCCUGGCUCCUCAAAGUGUCCUAGAGGAGUUUGCAAGGCAGGACACUGCACAGCCUCUGUGUGGGGGAAAUGCGACUUCCAUCAAAAUAGGACGACCAAAGUCUCAAAGCUGAGUCAGGACAAGCUUGGGUACAAAGAGAUUCAUGGGACACGCACACCAUUAAAGACUAGAAAAGAUACUACACUUCAAGUCCUGGACUUGCAAAGGAAUAAUUGGAUCAAGCAGCCUGGAGACCAUGGAGGGAGACUGUCUGAGCUGCAUAAAGUACCUGAUGUUUCUUUUCAAUUUCUUUAUAUUUCUGGGAGGAGCAUGCCUGCUGGGAGUUGGGAUCUGGGUCAUCGUGGAUCCUACAGGUUUCCGAGAGAUAGUGGCUGCCAACCCUCUCCUCUUCACGGGAGCGUACAUCAUGCUGGCUAUGGGAGCGAUGCUCUUUCUGCUGGGUUUCCUCGGCUGCUGCGGGGCCAUCCGCGAGAACAAAUGCCUCCUGCUUUUCUUCUUCAUGUUUAUUUUGUUAAUCUUCCUGGCGGAGCUUUCAGCUGCAAUCCUGGCUUUUAUCUUCAGAGAAAAUCUGACCAGGGAGUUCUUCACCAAGGAGCUGAAGAAACAUUAUCUGAGGAACAAUGACACAGAUGUCUUCUCUUUCACCUGGAACUCUGUUAUGAUCACAUUCGCCUGCUGUGGAGUGAAUGGACCAGAAGAUUUUGAAACUCUCUCUCAUGUCCUACACUUAUCUUUGGAAGAAGCGAUACCAGAGGCUUGUUGCCAGCGACAGCUCCAGACGCGGGAAGGGAUGUUUGUCGACAAGGAAGCUUGCCUUAGCGGAGUGGAGAGAUUUCAGAAUCGGCAGGGCUGUUACACUGUGAUCCUGAACUCCUUUGAGACCUACGUGUACCUUGCAGGAGCCCUUGCCAUCGGCAUUUUGGCCAUUGAGCUUUUCACCAUGAUCUUCGCCAUGUGUCUCUUCCGAGGCAUCCAGUAGGCAGCAGCCUGUGAACCACCACAUUGACCCCAUGUGCUCAGAAGAAGGAAGGAAAAUCAAAAGAAACAAAACCCAAAAACACCCAAAAACUUUAUUUUUUUUAACAAAAUGGGGUAAGGGGAAAAAAGGAAAAAAAGAGGGUUGUAAUAUAUGAAUGACCAAAAGGAUUGUACUUCAGGGGCUGGAACUUUGAGGUGAUGUGCACUACACUGUACACCGGACCCUUGCCCAGAGCCGCCUGCAACAGCCAUGGAGAAGGAGCCAAGCGCAUUCGAUUGCACUAGAGACAGAAGGAGCCUACAGGGUGGAGCGGGAGGAAGAGCACAGCUUCCUCUUCCGCAUAUCAGAGCAAGGCCGUGCCUACCAUUCACAAAUUUAUACUGUUUUAGACAGCAAAGCACUGAUGAGCAGCAACGCAGGGGCUGGAUAAGGCAAUGUGUUGGCCAAAGUGUAUGACUGUCCAGGUGGGUUUUAAACAAGUGGUGGUGGAUCAUUUAAGAAACAGACGGUUGUUGUUUAUGCGAUUUUGGCUUUAGGUAUUAAUUCCUAGCCACAAAAUAGAAACACAUUCAUCAGCGGAAGCUGAUGUCCCAGAGGAGUCAAACACUUCAGUGAGGCUCGUUUUUCUCUGGAGCCCCAAGAAAGGGCAGAGUCCUAGAAAUAGGACUCACAUCUAAGAUAGGCUGGCUGAUAGUCAAGAGUUUGGUGCGCACCCUUCUGUUCUUGCUUAGAUGUACUGUUCACUGUUGUGAAAAAGAAGGAGGAGAAGUGGUUCCCUGCUAUGUUCCCAUCCCCUGGGGAAAAUAAUGGGUCUGGUGAAGAGUAGUCGAUGCUGCUGCCCUCCUGAGAAGUGGAAGAAAUAAUGUUUAAAUCUUGUCAGCCUUUGCCUUUCACUUCAUACUUGCAAAAACGUUUGUGGUGCUCUGUUAGCUUAAAGAUUUGCAGUGGAUUUCUACAUGCCUUCCAGCCACAAGAGGAGUUCCAGACAUGAUGGAAGAGGCUGAGAUUUGUCACCAGCCCCCAUGCUGUUUGCCUUAAACUGUCCUGUGGCAUCAUUUCUGCUCAGAGAGUUUCCCUUCGGGCCCCUGACAACAGCAUUAAGUCAAAAUUGUUCUAGUCUGCCUGUUAGCUGUGACUGCUUCCUCUCUUGGGGUAGUUUGAUGUUUAACAAACAUAUCAUCCACUUAAUCAUUUAGAAAUGAACUUGAGAAACGUGUGUGGGACUGGAUUUUGGUCAUAGCUUAAGAUGGAAGUGAGGCCCCAAUAAGCUCUAAGAGCACUUAGCGUGGGCCAAACUGCUCAAGCUGCUUCUCUGGUGGUGGUGAUGGACUCUUAACAUGGCAUCGGUUUCUCUCAUCUGGAAGCCUCUACUCCCUUUGCAUUUGUUGUUCUUCUGCUCACUCCCCAACCCCAAAUUUGUUUUGCUUGGGGGAGGACAGAAGGGGCUGGGGGUUCCUUGCUUAGCUUAGGUCUUUUUACAGCCUCCAAUUAAAGAGCAUUUUUAUAUAGGGUUAAACUAGCUCCUCUGGGAGCUGUAACCCACUGGCAAGGAAGGAGAGGGUGGAAGAGGCAGUGGUGUGGAGCUGGGAGCGGCCAUCUCCAGCCUGGCUUGGCAGCAGCAGGUAUUUUGGCUCUUCCCUUGCAGCACUGGCUCUCUGGCCUUUGAGCUUUCCCAAGGGCGAUGUGCAGAUGCUCAUGAAUGAACCUGCAGAUGAUAAGGAAGGAAGGAAACCAGCAAAAAAAGACUGGAUCAUAAUAGCCAAGGAUCCUGGCUAAAUGUCCAGGUUGGGGAAUCAGAAUACUAAGGAACAGGAAGGAGGCAGUAGAGCUUUCCAAAGCUUUGUUUGAGAACAAUUUGUUCAUCGGCAAACGAAGGGGCCAGGGUAGCUAGAGCCUCUCCGUCUGCCCAAAACCACAGUCAGUGUAUUCCAGCGCUGGAAUAUGAGGCCAGGACUGCUGAGUGGCCUCAGAUGUUGCAUUAAACCUUGUGGAAAGCUUUUCUUAACAGUUUUCCUCUGGACCUAUUUUUAAUGAUGCAUUUUAGCAUUAAAUUCUGCUCUGUUGUUUAAUGAAGGAAAACAGUUUUGCUAGCCAAAACCAUCAGUAUUUAUGCCCAGCAGCGCAGGUGCAGCUCUUAAGGGAGGAAAAAUCCAUUGCAUGUACUAGUCUUGCAGGAAAUGGGCCACUGCACUGGAGCCAACUCCAGCUGAAGGACAUCGUAUUGGUUCUGGGUCUGCCGCAGGAGCUGGUGUCAGUGACUGCUCUGGGGGAGGAAGAAAACCUUGACCAGAGAUGUUAAUCUAGAUGGAGGUGAGCAAGAUGAGCAGAACUGCUACCCUUUCUCACCCCCCUUGUCUCCAUUUUUCACCCUUUACCCUUCAUUUCUUGUGAAAAGUUCUGGAUGCCUCUGGCCAUGGCUUGGAGGGAGAACUGGAGGGAUCACUGCCCCAUUCUCUGCAGGGACAGCUGGGUUGAAGAUAAAAAGGCCUCUUCCCUACCCCAUGGCACUGGGGAAAUAACCCAGAGCAGCCAGAGCACUAAGUGAUAAAUAGACUAGACUGAAAUAGGAUCUCUGCAGGCUUAUUUCUCUUUGGCUUUCCUAAUUCUGUACUGUUUUAUCUGUGUUUGUUUAGCUCCUUUACUUUUCCUCUCUCCCUAAUGGCUCCAUUUUGCCCUGCAUCUUCAACAGCUCCCUUAUUCUUCUAUUUGGCCUUUGUGUAUUUUUUUCCCUCUCUUAUCUUGUGUGAUUCCCUCAAUGCUCUUUUUCUGGAUGAAGACUUCAAAUCCUCUCAGCAGUUGGCUAGUGUACCACUGAGAACACAGCUCAAAACCAAAGCAAAGACCAGAGGGCACAUUUUAAACAAGAAAUGGAGAGAGCUGUAAAGAUUUGUGGAAGUUGGAGAGGACCUGUGGAAGUAGGUAACAGGCAGAAGGAAUUUUUCCCUUAGGGAUUUUAUUGAAUUAGCAAGCCAGAAGGCAGACUCCUGGGCUACGGCAAGGCAUGUAAAUUUAGGGUUUUUUUUUUUUUUUUUGUCCAUUAGUUACGUGGCCACCCCCUCUGUUGUACAGUAGACAAUUCUGUGUUUUUCCAGAAUAGUAGGCAGGAGAAGCAACUGUAUUUUUAUAUUUGUUUUUAACAGCUCUGGCAAGUUCUUUUGGGUCAGGGGCUCAAGCUAAAUACACUGCUUGCUGGAGAGCUCUGGGCAGGCUGGGGACCUGAGGGAGCUGCCGUGCUGCCGGUUCCUGUGCUGUAUGCAGCACUGGGACCACAGCCCAUGCACCUUGGAUGUAAUUAUUAGAGCAGUCUGUGUUUGUAAGCCAAAAGCCCCUCGCUGCACCCCGGCCUCCUAGCUGUUAUUUAAGGCUCAAAUGACUGUCACAAAUGCCUGGGAAAAGGGCUGCGUGUGAAAUAAUGUUUGAAAUCUAUUUUAAAAAACUGUAAAUGUUCUUUUUAUUAGAUAGUGGAGCUAAUUUAUCCUGUAUUCCCUACUGUAAUGCUUUUUUAUAUUGAAAGGAAUUUUUUUUGGUAAUAUAAACCAGAACACAAGCCUGAAGCACUCUCGGCACGUUUUUUUUGUGUGCAUUUCGUAAAAAAAUAAAAAAGAAAGAUAUUGUGACAGUGAAGUGAAA